AUGGAUACCUACAUUCGAAUGAUCAGCUCCUUGGACGACUUUGAUCCUCAGGCUUUGGCCCCCGAAGAUUUGGAGACAACUUUAACAUCUCUGAAGCAGCAGCUGCUGAAAACGGAGGCUGCGAAACUAUUGUUGCCUGCGAAGGAGACCUCUUUCAGUCGUGUUGCAUUGGGGAGACUAUCUCAUUUACUGAAUUUGGUGUUUAGGCCUGAUAAGCAGCACGAACCGAAACUGGCAGCUCUUAGGGAAUUGGACUCUGUGUCUUUGAUCAUUUGUGGGCUGAGUCUUACCCAAAAAGCCAUCGAGGUUAUGCGGAAAGAACUCUUCGAUAUCUUGCUCGAACAAGCUGUGAUCGCUUCUCAAACAACUGUGAAGAUUAUCGCCAAGAGUGAUGAAAUAAACAAGGUAGUCCUGAGCUCAUCGGCCGACGAAGAUUUUCUAAAAAGCAAGUUCUAUCGUCCGUAUCUUGCAACACAUAGCUAA